UGUCGGGAAAGUGGGGAGAGCAGCAGUGAGGGGCGAGGCGCGCCACGCAGAAGCUCUUAGUAUGCGCCGCGAUGCCCAACUGCAGCCCACGCAUCUCCACGGCGGUGGAUGGAAGUGACAGGUGAGAGACGCGGGUCGAGCAGGCGACUGGCUCCACACGGCCGUGAGCAGAUAUGGCGCAGCAUACGACAACGUACGAGUCAGAUGAGGGGAGAAGGAGAGCAAGGAAGACUCAGCACCGUCACUGCAAAAGCGCACUUUAAGAGGAGCCCAACUGGAUACGAUCUCGUGCAUCUGCGCAUUCAGAGAAUCACGGUGAAUUCCUGCAUGCAAUUAGCUGAAACAAUAAGAAAUAAUGCAAUGCUCUGCUUUGAUUAGUGCAUGGACAUGACUGUGGCUGGAUCAACAGGAAAGGGCUGCAAAUGGCUUAAGCAUGUUUGGCACCUGCCACUUCCAACUAACUCUCCCUCGUGUGUGUGCCAAUCCUCAUCAUCAUCAUCAUUAUCAUCAACAACAACAACAACAGCCACACCGGCGUUAAAUGUUGAAGUGACCCAGUGCAUGGACUGGGUCUGGAAUGUUGAAAGAUUCAGUCAAGCUACUUGGUUAACCUCAGGAGUAAGUAGAAAUAUAAAUAUAGCCUUAGUGAUGCGCGCCAUACAGUCUUACCCACAAGGAAUAAAGCUGUCAGGAGACAAAUUAUCAACUCCAUUCAAUUGUGCUAAAACACAAAAAUCUUUUAGUGGGUGAUUUAUGGAUUUGCUGGAGCAGAUGCUUGUGAUGGCAAUCACGAGUAUGCAUAAAGACAUCAGCUGCCUCCCUCAAGUCUGCUGACGUGAGGCUUGAAGAGUUCUGCUGCUCCAUCCGUCAACAUGCUGAAUAAGAAACUCUUCAAUGUGACUUUGCUCAUGACUGAAUUUCAAAUUCGCCAGCAGUGCUAAGCCCAACCUGUCGCCCAUAAGUGCAUCCCGGCAUGUAUCCGCACGUGAGCUGAGGGCGGUAACUCCUGCGUCCUCAUCCCUCGUCCCCUCUCCUAUUUCCGCUGCCUUGCUGCAGAGCGCGAGCUUUGGGUGAUGUAUGGCCGGAAGAGCAGGGAAGGAGCUGGCUGGACGGCAAGAGGCAACUUUGGACACUUGUGCUGGCCCUGUUGUGCAUCAGCGCUGCCCAGAGCAACAGCUGUGAGCCAGUCUUACAAAAAACACAUCAAACAGCUCUUUAUAGGCAUAUUUCCAGAGGCCAAGCGUGGCCCCGCCCCUUUUGAAACCUUCAGGUUCCAUCGCCUUCCAGCAUGACGGUCGCGACCGGCGACCCCGCAGACGAAGCGGCUGCGCAUCCAGGUCAGCCUCACGACCGCUACGAGCCCGAGCCAGAUCACGAGUGCUGCGAGAGGGUGGUCAUCAACAUCUCGGGCUUACGCUUCGAGACGCAGCUCAAGACCCUGUCCCAGUUUCCAGAGACACUCCUCGGCGAUCCGAAGAAACGGAUGAGGUACUUUGACCCCCUCCGGAACGAGUACUUUUUCGACCGCAAUCGACCGAGUUUUGAUGCCAUUCUUUAUUACUACCAAUCUGGAGGGAGGCUGCGCCGGCCCGUAAAUGUCACUCUUGAUAUUUUUUCCGAAGAGAUUCGCUUCUACGAGCUGGGCGAGGAGGCAAUGGAAAUCUUCAGGGAGGAUGAAGGUUUCAUAAAGGAGGAGGAGCGUCCGUUACCAGACAAUGAGUUUCAGAGACAGGUGUGGCUGCUCUUUGAAUACCCUGAGAGCUCAGGUGCAGCUCGUAUCAUUGCCAUCAUCUCCGUCAUGGUGAUCCUUAUCUCUAUUGUUAGCUUCUGUUUAGAAACGCUGCCAAUUUUCCGAAUCGAAGAUGACGAGAUGUACAAUUAUCCCUUCCAAACCAAUUCCAACGUCACCACGACCUAUGAGACCUCGCCGUAUUUUACCGAUCCUUUCUUCAUCGUGGAGACCCUUUGUAUCAUCUGGUUCUCAUUUGAGUUCCUUGUCAGGUUCUUUGCUUGUCCCAGCAAAGCGGGAUUUUUUGGCAACAUCAUGAACAUCAUUGAUAUCGUGGCAAUUAUUCCUUACUUCAUCACCCUUGGCACAGAGUUAGCAGAGAGGCCAGAGGAUAGAGAGGCCGGACAGCAGGCUAUGUCUUUGGCGAUUCUCCGUGUCAUUCGCUUGGUCAGAGUGUUUCGCAUUUUCAAACUCUCUCGCCACUCCAAGGGGCUCCAAAUCUUGGGGCAGACUCUGAAGGCCAGUAUGCGCGAGCUGGGACUCCUCAUCUUCUUUCUCUUCAUUGGCGUCAUCCUCUUCUCCAGUGCCGUUUACUUUGCCGAAGCAGACGAGCCCCAGUCCCAGUUCAGCAGCAUCCCAGAGGCCUUUUGGUGGGCAGUGGUUUCCAUGACGACUGUCGGCUACGGAGACAUGGUCCCGACAACCAUCGGAGGAAAAAUUGUGGGGUCUCUUUGCGCUAUCGCUGGCGUUUUGACCAUCGCGCUGCCAGUGCCGGUCAUUGUGUCAAACUUCAACUACUUCUACCACAGAGAGACGGAGGGUGAAGAACAGGCUCAGUAUCUAAAUAUCCCGAGUGUGCCUAAAGCAAGCUCAGUUGAUGACCUGAAGAAGAGCGGUCGGAGUGGCAGCGGCUCGACCCUCAGUAAAUCUGACUAUGUGGAGAUUCAGGAAGCUGUCAACCACAGCGCUGAGGACUUCAGACCUGAGGGCAUGAAAACGGGAAACUGCACUCUCGCCAACGCCAACUAUGUCAACAUCGCCAAGAUGCGCACGGAUGUAUAAUGUGAGCUAUUAUCGAUGAUUCGCCUCAUGUGGGGUCUGCAGUGACUGGAAUAGUGUGGCCCCACGUGACCAAUAUUUGUGGGGAGAAGUGUGGGAGUCCAGAGCAUAUGAAGGCACAAAGGUCGACAGGAGAAGACCUCAUGCUUGCCCACAUUCAAGGGACCUGGAGCACAUCAUAGAACUGAAACCUGUCUUAUGGGGACAUCUUUGGCUUCCGCAUGGAGUUAGUCUUACUUUUGUGGCAGUAGUUGUCCAGCUGGAAAAAGUAGCCAAAUAGUAGCCUAAGAAGUAAUAAUCAAUAGAAACAGACUAAUGGGUCCACGUGUUUAAAGAAGACAAUACACAAUAAGAUCAGCAUAAUGUUUAUUUUACAAUGUACACUAGAGCAUACUUAAAUCAGAUUCAAUCAGGUCGUAGUAUGAACAAAAUUGCUUUAACUGACCAGAGCCCAGCCAUACUGUCAAGGGAAACCUGAAGGGAGCGACUGAGAAAGCAAGUGAUGCUAAUAUCUGCUUGGCGCCAUGGUCAUAUAAUGCUCCAUAUGUAAAGGUAUAAGCGCUGUCAGUGCACUAGCAUUCCCUGAUGGACCAUCACUAGAUGUAGUCCAGACCAGUGGCCUCUUUAGAGACCAACACGUAGACCACGGGGAAGUGCUCUACAAUGGGGUUGAACCACAACAACAUUAGUUUUUCUCCUUUUCACCAAUGAUACAUUGGUGGGUAUGCAGUAGGUACGCGCUCCCAAGCCUGUUUUGGUUUUUAGUCACUGCAAACGUCUCUGAAAAGAGGAAAUGUCUCCGAUCACAUUUCAUCAGUUGGUACUUAAUAGAAAUGCCUGAUUGUAUGAUAAGAAAAUUAAGGGAAACAAAAGUAUCUGAAUCGCAUUGUACGUUAGUGCCUUUUUUUUUGGGGGGGGGGGGUUAUUAGUUCUACUUUUAAGUGUCUCUUUAACUGCCACCCAGACCGAUUGUAACAGGAAUACCGUACUGUUUAGGUUGACACCACUGCCCAACAUAAACAGUUGUCCUUAACUUCAUUGCAUUCCAUCUGUGUAGAAAUAGAUAAAUGUGAAUUAACAACAAAAUGUGGUGAUCUUUUUGCUUUUUUUUUUUUUAUAUUACAGCUUAAUGACAGCAAAGAUAAAUGCUUAAAUGUACAGCUAAUUAGGCGUUAAGUGUAUUAACCCUCCAGGCCCAAGAAAGCAUGAGUACAAAAUAAAUUAUUAACAUUAAAAAGAAAAUAGCAAGCUUUUUUGUAGUAAGCGUUGGCAUUCAGUACAACAAGAACAAAAUGUUUUAUUUGAAUUGCUCGUUGUAAUAUGAGAAAACGUAUCCAUAUACUGUACAUAUAUAAAUCUCUGGGGGGAAAAAAAUACAAGACCACUUAAAAAUGAUCAGUUUCUCUGAAUGUGCUAUUCAUAGGUAUAUGUUUGGGUAAAAUGAACAUUUUUGUUUUAUUCUACAUACAACAUGACUCCCAAAUAUGAAUAUUGUCAUUUAUAUGCAGAAUAUCUGCAAAAUACAAAAAAGAGAAGCUCCAGUUCCCUUACUUUGUUUCUAGAGCAGUAUAUAUAUAUAUAUAUAUAUAUAUAUAUAUAUAUAUACACACACACACAGUGGGUACGGAAAGUAUUUAGACCCCCUUAAAUUUUGCAGCCAUUUGCUAAAAUCAUUGAAGUUAUUUUUUUCCCACAUUAAUGUACAAACAGCACCCCAUAUUGACAGGGAAAAAAAACGGAAUUGUUGAAAUUUUUGCAGAUUUAUUAAAAAAGAAAAACUGAAAUAUCACACAUCCAUAAGUAUUCAGACUCAUUUUCUCAGUAUUUAGUAGAAGCACCCUUUUGAGCUAAUACAGCAAUGAGUCUUUUUGGUUUUUCACACCUGGAUUUUGGGAUCCUCUGCCAUUCCUCCUUGCAGAUCCUCUCCAGUUCUGUCAGGUUGGACGGUGAACAUUGGUGGAGAGCCAUUUUCAGGUCUUUCCAGAGAUGCUCAAUUGGGUUUAAGUCAGGGCUCUGGCUGGGCCAUUCAAGAACAUUCACGGAGUUGUUCUGAAGCCACUCCUUCGGUAUUUUAGCUGCGUGCUUAGGGUCAUUGUCUUGUUGGAAGGUGAAACUUCGGCCCAGUCUGAGGUCCUGAGCACGCUGGAGAAGGUUUUCAUCCAGGAUAUCCCUGUACUUGGCCGUAUUCAUCUUUCCUUCGAUUACAACCAGUGAUCCUGUCCCUGCAGCUGAAAAACACCCCCACAGCAUGAUGGUGCCACCAUGCUUCACUGUUGGGACUCUAUUGGACAGGUGAUGAGCAGUGCCUGGUUUUCGCCACACAUGCCGCUUAGAAUUAAGCGCAAAAAUUUCUAUCUUGGUCUCAUCAGACCAGAGAAUCUUAUUUCUCACCAUCUUGGAGUCCUUCAGGUGUUUUUUUAGCAAACUCCGUGCGGGCUUCCAUGUGUCUUGCACUGAGGAGAGGAUUCCGUCGGGCCACUCUGCCAUAAAGCCCCGACUGGUGGAGCGCUACAGUGAUGGUUGACUGUUUAGAACUUUCUCCCAUCUCCCGACUGCAUCUCUGGAGCUCAGCCAUAGUGACCUUUGGGUUCUUCUUUAACUCUCUCACCGAGGCUCUUCUCCCAUGAUUGCUCAGUUUGGCCGGACGGCCAGCUCUAGGAAGGGUUCUGGUCGUCCCAAACGUCUUCCAUUUCAGGAUUAAGGAGGCCACUGUGCUCUUAGGAACCUUAAGUGCAGCAAAAUGUUCUUUUGUAACCUUGGCCAGAUCUGUGCCUUGCCACAAUUCUGUCUCUGAGCUCUUCAGGCAGUUCCUUUGACCUCAUGAUUCUCAUUUGCUCUGACAUGCACUGUGAGCUGUAAGGUCUUAUAUAGACAGGGGUGUGGCUUUCCUAAUCAAGUCCAAUCAGUAUAAUCAAACACAGCUGGACUCCAAUGAAGGUGUAGAACCAUCUCAAGGAUGAGCAGAAGAAAUGGACAGCCCCGAGUUAAAUAUAUGAGUGUCACAGCAAAGGGUCUGAAGACUUAUGGCUGUGUGAUAUUUCAGUUUUUCUUUUUGAAUAAAUCAGCAAAGAUUUCAACAAUUCUGUUUUUUUUUCUGUCAAUAUUGGGUGCUGUGUGUACACUAAUGAGGGGAAAAAAUGAACUUAAAUGAUUUUAACAAAUGGCUGCAAUGUAACAAAGAUUUAAGGGGGUCUGAAAACUUUCCGUAGCCACUGUAUAGAUGGCUUAGCAGGAAGCCAAAGACAAACAUGCAGCCACCUGGAUUGGCGUCUUGAGUUGUAAAAUACUGUAGAUGUACUGUGAGCUCAGCAUUUAUACAGUAUAUUUAAAUGUUUGUAUCUGUGCACUUUGAACAAUCAUUCCGAUGGUGCCCAUGAGCUAUUGCAGACCUAGUUUACAUUCUUCAUCCGCAUUUAUCAAACUUAUGCUAUUCUGCUCUUGUAGUGCUGCAUGUCUUUGGAAGUAAUCAUUGUAGCAUGCAUUAGUAUGAAUAAUCCUGGCAAAUGGACUCACAUAUACUCCAUUGUAUUUAUAGGCACUGGCAGAAUGCGCAAUAUGUGGAAGACGUUGGUGUCUUAUUGAUGCAUCUUUGUAUAUGCUUUCUGUAACAAAAAUUAUGUGCGCUUUAAGACAUUUGAAAGUUUUCAUUUUGCUAGUUCAGGAGGACAAAGUCGCACUUGACGAUGGGGGGGAAACCAAACAUGCCAUUGUUUCGCUUCAGUCAAGUGACGACAGGAAAAUACCAUGCGGUUUGCAUACACCUGAUUCCCUUAUACACUCUGCCCUCUCAACGCACCGUUUACAGCUUGAGUGUGUAAUCGGCACAUGGACACAGAGCACAAUAAAGUGAGGGGAUCCAACGGCUUGCUUUCUGGAGAUCAGGUGAGGAAGAGAUAAGCUGCAUUAUCAACCAAAUCCAGGUAUUAAUGUGGGGAUAAAUACAUAAAAAAUUAAGAGAUUAACACUGCCCACAAGGUUGUCUUCCUGACGUGGAUUAUUGUCUUUACAGUAUGUAGUCUGCAAAGUCUGCCUGGAGUGCAUUUUAUCCAUUUUUUUUUUGUUCACAAGGGUACUGCAGUACUGUCAAAACCAAAUUAGGUUAUUUGAGCAACCGAUGUGAUAGGCGGCACAUCGAGAUACGGGAAAAUCACGGAUGUAUUUUACAUCAGUGAACCAGAGGGUACACCCCCCCAAAAAAUAAAGUGCAUGGACAAUUACAAGUACAUAUCCAGUCUGUAAAUGCAUACAGUAUAAGAGUGGCUGUAAGCGUAAUGUUUGCUUUUUUUGUAACAUCUGCUGUCGAGACUGACACUAAAAUUGAAUGGGGAAUCAAACAAUCAGUUGCUUUCCACGAUGUCUGAAUGGCCGAAGCGUCACAUUUGCUUUGUUUUCUGCCACGUGCACAUGCUUGAAGAGCGGGUAACAAAAGUGUGUGCUUUCACGCGACAUGACCGAGUUACAGCAUACGCAGCUGAAGUAUAUUUUAUAUGUUUGGAAUGCUCUGUAAAAGGAACAUUUUGAAGAAAUCAUUAAGAACGUAUAAUUUCAAGGUGAACACAUCCAUGAGUCAUUGCAUUGUUUUGCACAAUUUGUCAAUGUUAGCAGGCUGUUCAUUGUUAUUUACAAAUUAGCGUUUGCCAUGCCCUUCAAAAGGACUUCCAGUGAAUAACUACAAACUUAGUUUAAAAUGUCUAGAGAAUAGUUAGUCAUUCAAAAUGAAAUGGAGAUCUUUAAAUGUAAUAUGAAUUAUAUUGGUCUUGAUGAUAAAACAUUAACACAAUAUC